CUCUACAGCUCAGGUGCUCUAGACAAAACAUUGAUUCCUCGUGACUGGGAUUAGCCAAUAGCUGAACGCGACUGAGUGUGAAACACGGAGGAGGAGUAGGAAGUUGGAACUAGACAGGCGACUCGGUUAGGGGACACCGGAGAGAUGACUCGUGGAAACCAACGUGAGCUUGCCCGACAAAAGAAUAUGAAGAAAAGUCAGGAUAAACAAAAGAAACAAGAUGAUGGCUUGUCUGCUGCUGCACGGAAGCAAAGAGAUGCUCAAAUAAUGCAGGAAAAGCAGAAAAAGGCCACGCAAAAAAAAGAUGACCCAAAAUAGCCAAUGUGGAAUGCUACAAGUUACGGCAGAAGAUGACAGACAUUUUAUAACAUGAUCCAGUGCUGGAUAAGGACAUUAACCUGACCCUUUCACCAAACCACAGUGCUCUCACUGCUAUGUACUGUGUUCAGCCUUUUUAUUUGUCACAGGCUUGUAGCAUAGCUCCUUUAUUGCCUCUUGUACAUACUAUAAAUUCUCCAUAUGAUUCUCUUUAUUUUCAUCUAUUCCCCACUGAUGGCUCUCUAACUGCAUGCUGGUUUAGCAUUGCUUAAGUCUGCUCUGGAAAAUACAUGUUUUGAGGGAGUACAAACAGAUCAUGUCCCUUCCUUCAACUCAAAUGACCUUUUUGUAUUCACGGUGACCCAGUUGAAUAUUUAAUAAAGAAUUUUUUUCUGUGA